GGGUCGCGGCGACGGGAGGGACGGACGGCGUCACCAAGAACCCUAGGUGCCAGCCCUACAUACCAACCCGUACCUUAACUUGAGCACUUCGUCUGGCCCACCAUCUACUAUGAAACGUCGGUAAAGCAGGUCCACGGCGCAACGAAAACCCUCGCUCCCUCAGCUAAAUGAGCCCCUCCAUCCACCAUCGCCAUGUUCAACAUCUCCAACUUGGUGCAGAAGGCCCAGCAGUUCAUUGAUCCAAACCUCUCCCUUGCCGCUUCCUCCUCCGACCGACGACCCUCCAAAGCCUCUCUCUUCCGCCUCCAGUUUCGCCUGCCCGAGUCGCAGAACCCGCUCCAGGAGAUCACCGCCGAGCUCACGCUUUCGGCACACCACACAACGCGGGGGUCGGCGGCGCAAGAUGGGAGCGAGUCCGGCAAGCCGCAGGGGAACCACUAUGUCGGCAAGCUACAUCUCAGUGAGCAGUACCUGUGCUUCAGCACCCAGGGCUCCAGCUUCCUGACGAGCGCCAGCCUAAGCUCGAGCUCGGUGUUCACGGGGCAGACCCACGGCGCGGGCCCGGCGGGGAAUGGCUUCACGUUGCCGCUGUGCGCGAUCCGCCGCGUGGAGCGCCUGCACAGCCAGAGCUACAUGUUUGCGCUGGCGAUCACGACAAUCAAUGGCAUGAUAGACGGCAAUGCGAAGGCGAAGCAAGCGGCGGGCACGCUGGUGCCGCAGAAGUUUGUCAUACAAUUGGCCGGGAGCCGGCAACAAUGCGAGCGGUUUUGCGACGGAUUAAAGAGGGGCCUACGGGACGGUGUCAAGGACGUGGAAAACCUGAGGACGGUGGUUAGGGGCUGCUACUCGGAGUAUCUCCUCUCGGACGAAGCGGGCGGAAAGGGGGAGUCAAAGAAGGCCGAUACGAAGAAAACGCCGCCCGAUACUGGUCUCGGGACGCAGUUCAAAUAUCCUGGUAAUCCUCGGAAGUUACGCGAACCGACGAAGAUCAGAUUAUGGAGGGAGUACCUACGAGAAAACGGCAGAAACGCUACCCUCAUCCGGCAACCCACUUUUCAUAAGCUCAUUCGAGUCGGUCUUCCAAACCGUCUGCGCGGUGAAGUAUGGGAGCUCACCUCCGGGUCAUUCUUUCUGCGGCUGGCGAAUCCGACCUUGUUCGAAGAAACGCUGGAAAAGAAUUCCGGCCGAGAGUCGCUUGCUAUAGACGAGAUUGAGAAAGAUCUCAACCGAAGCUUACCAGAGUAUCCUGGCUUCCAAAGCGACGAGGGCAUCAGCAGACUCAGGCGCGUCCUGACCGCAUAUAGCUGGAUAAAUCCCGAGGUUGGAUAUUGCCAAGCUAUGAAUAUUGUAGUGGCUGCACUUUUGAUUUACAUGUCUGAACCGCAAGCGUUCUUCAUUCUAUCCAUCCUUUGUGAUCGGUUACUCCCGGGAUACUAUUCGACUACUAUGUACGGCACGUUACUCGACCAACGCGUGUUUGAAUCGCUCGUAGAGAAGACUAUGCCCAUUCUGUGGGAACAUCUCGUCAAGUCCGACGUGCAACUUUCGGUCGUUUCAUUGCCGUGGUUCCUCUCUCUAUACGUCAACUCCAUGCCACUCAUUUUCGCUUUCCGUGUUCUUGAUGUCUUCUUCCUGGAAGGCCCCAAGGUUCUCUUCCAGAUUGGUCUUGCAAUUCUGCGCAUCAACGGCGAGGAGUUGCUCGAUGCGGCGGAUGAUGGCACUUUUAUUUCAGUUUUGAAGUCCUAUUUCGCGAGACUGGACGAAUCCGCCCAUCCGAAAUCGGACAACCCCAAGCUACGUGCGGUUACGAGAUUCCAGGAGCUCAUGGUCAUUGCGUUCAAGGAGUUUGCGGGCAUCACACAGAACACGAUUUCAGAGCAACGCGCCAAGCACAAAGACGCGGUGCUUACCAACAUUGAGAGCUUUGCUAAGCGCACAUCCAUCCGCAACCUGGGCUCGGAUAGCAAGCGGCUGAGCAACAAUGAUCUGGGCUUCUUGUAUGACCGUUUCUACGGCGUAUUGUAUGAGCGCCAACAGAGAGCUCAGCAGGCGCAGCAGGAGGCUGAGCGCAAAGAGAAAGCUAGUAGGAUGAGGGCAUCACAGCUCAUUUCUGGCUUCGCAGCUGCCAGCGAUGUUGAAAAGGGCAGAGUUGCAUUGGGACCUAGUCCGACCCAAAUGGACUAUGACGGUUUCAGAGAGUUCCUUGCCGUUCUGACAGAUAUAGGUAUUGCACGAUGGGCGGUGACAGACUCACCAAAGUCGCCACAAGACCAGGACAAACAAUCGCAUUCGUAUUUUGGCAGCAGCCGUAGCGCCAAGCCAAGUGGGCCAUGGGGAUCAAAUCCUGAGCCGACCGACCACGAGUUCAUGCAGCGACUAUUCCGCCAAUGGGACAAGGACGACACCGGCACGCUCAACCUUCAGAAUGUCGUCUCUGGCUUCGCAAUGGUCAAGGGCGCGAAGGACAUUAUGGCUAACAUUGAGUAUUUCUUUGAUCUGUAUGAUGACGACGGCGACGGCAAGGUCGAUCGCGAGGGUAUUCUGCGCAUAUCAGAAGCGCUGCUGUUUUUGUCGCGCCGCGGCCUGAACAACAACAGCUCGCCUACGACCUCGAUAAGCGAUCUGCAGUCUGUAGCGAUUGACACGGAGUCGCGCAAGGAGAACAGCGACGAGGCCAUUCUUAACAGCAUAUCAGCCUUCAUCCGGCGGUGCUUCGAGUACGCGGAUCCAGACCACGAGAUCAACCGCAGCCAGCAAGAAGCCCGCGUCAAGGAAGCCACCAACAACAUCAACGACUUCAGCAUCGGCGACGAGGACGACGAAGACAACCUGCUCGACCUGGGCGACGACGACAAGCCCGCCAAGCCCGCCGAAGCGGAGCAAAAUCCCUCCUCUCCCGUGGCCGCCGAACCCGCAAAAGAAGAAGUCUCGUCGCCCAUGUCACCCAAGCCCGACGCGCUAUCAGCGAACCCGGCCCUCGACCCCGCACACCCGCUCUACAUCACCUUGCCCACAUUCCGAAUGGUGAUCCUAGCCGACGAAACGCUCGAGCAAUUCUUCGACUCAGCUUUCCCGAACUCGUUCCGCCUGUCAGACGUGCCCAACCCCGCCGCAAACCUGACCACAUUCAGCAACGCCGGACGGGCCAGCACGAGCACCAGCGCGAGCGGCAGCGGCCUCGUCAGCACCCUCACCACGCCCACCGCCCCCUCGGGCACCGUCUCUCUCCCCAGCACCGGCGGCAUCGUGCCCCCGGGCAAGGGCCUGCGCGGCAUGCUCGACAACAUUGUGUCAGACGGCAUGCGCGUCGCCGCAGAGGUGAAAAAGCGCAUGGAGGACGCGCAGCGCGAGAUGGAGCGGUCGCAGGGCGGCGCGCGCGGCGCCGGCGGUGGCGGCAGCGGUGGCGGCAGCGGCGAAGACGAAGAUGCUGAUGCUGACGACCAUGAUAAUGAUGGCCGCAGCGUCCAUGAGCAGGAUCGCGACUUGCUCGAGGGCGCCGAGACGGCCGAUGUCGAGGAGAAGCGCGAGCAGGAGCAGAACCUUAUUGAUGCUGAGGGCGGCGAUGGGGCGGGUGCGGGUGCGGGCAAGGCUCCUGCGGCCGCGGGAGCGUCGCCCCAGUCGCCUUCGUCGGCGGCGGCGCAGCAGGGCGCUGUGCCCGGCGCGAAGACUGCGGCUUCUGGUUCUGCUGGGAGUGCGAGUGCGGGCGCGGGCAGAGAUAGGAGCGUCAGCGAGGCGAGUGGUCGCGUCGUCGAGUUCGAUACGUCUGUUUUGGAGGAGUAGGAGUAGGAGUAGGCGUAGGAGGAGGAAUUGUAGUGGUAGUUGUUGUCAUGGUGGUGAAGCGAAAGGAGCAGGAGCUGCGUGGGGGGGGGCGGGGGGGCGGGGGGG